GUCACCACUGUCAAAUUCUCGAGAGUCUUGAAUAGCCGGACUACACAUUUUCAGGAUUACACUCCGAAUCUGUAUGUACUCCUCCUCCUACUACGAAUCAUAUAGAGCGGAGGUCUUUUGAGUAGAUUACCUGCUCAAUUCCGGAAUGGAGUUGCUUUGCUCCCCUUCAAUCUCAGCUAACGCUCCGAAACUCCCCUCCAGAGGCCCAAGCAUGGACAAAACUGGAUUGACAUCCCGGAGUUCGCAUCUUUACUUUGCCGGACUUGGAAGAAAGGUGAAGCCUUUACUAGUUGCUGUUAAUGGGGUCAUCGAUGGAGGGGGUGAGUCAGAAACGGCCGUUGUGGUGGAGAAACCUCCGCCGUACGAACUACGUCGUCCUUACGAGCUUUUCGUAGGGCAUCCGACUCCUUACGGCGCCACUGCUAGAGACGGCGGGAUCAAUUUCGCUAUCCAUUCGUGCAAUGCUACGUCAGCAGCUCUCUGUUUGAUUAGUGUAGCCGACUUACCCGAGAAAAAGGUGUCAGAGCAAAUUUCUCUGGAUCCCUCUGUUAACAAGACUGGAGAUGUCUGGCAUGUGUUCAUUAAAGGAGACUUUGAUAACAUGCUAUAUGCGUACUGCCUUGAUGGCAAGUUUUCUCCUGCAGAAGGGCAUCGCUUUGAUUCAGCUAAGAUACUGUUAGAUCCUUACGCAAAGGCUAUUGUAAGCAGAGCAGAGUUUGGCGCUUUGGGACCUGAGAAGGACUGUUGGCCCCCAAUGGCCUGCAUGCUGCCUUCUACUGAUAAGUUUGACUGGGAAGGAGAUCUGCCAUUAAAGUUUCCACAGAGAGAUCUUGUAAUUUAUGAAAUGCACGUUCGUGGGUUUACAAAGCAUGAGUCAAGUGGAACAGAAUUUCCUGGUACAUACCUUGGUGUCGUGGAGAAGCUGGAUCACUUGAAGGAACUGGGUGUCAACUGUAUAGAGCUAAUGCCAUGUCAUGAAUUUAACGAGCUGGAGUAUUAUAGCUAUAAUUCUGUCUUAGGUGAUUAUAAGUUAAACUUUUGGGGCUAUUCAACUGUAAAUUUCUUUUCUCCAAUGGCACGGUAUUCAUCAGCUAGGAUGGACAAAUCUGGUCCUGGUGCCAUACAAGAGUUCAAGUUUCUUGUUAGGGAGGCCCAUAGAAGGGGAAUCGAGGUAAUCAUGGAUGUUGUUUUCAAUCACACAGCAGAAGGGAAUGAGAAUGGCCCCACACUCUCAUUUAAAGGCGUUGACAACAGUAUUUUUUAUAUGCUUGCACCCAAGGGAGAGUUCUAUAAUUAUUCCGGCUGUGGAAAUACCUUCAAUUGUAACCAUCCUACAGUACGUCAAUUUAUAUUGGAUUGCUUAAGGUAUUGGGUUAUUGAAAUGCACAUUGACGGGUUUCGCUUUGACCUUGCUUCCAUCCUGACACGGAGUAGCAGUCUAUGGGAUGCUGUGAAUGUUUAUGGAAAUUCAGUUGAAGGUGUUAUGCUCACAACAGGAACUCCUCUCUCAAGCCCGCCAUUAAUUGAUAUGAUUAGCAGUGAUCCAAUACUAAGCGGAGUAAAGCUUAUAGCUGAAGCAUGGGACUGUGGAGGCCUUUACCAAGUUGGUGCAUUUCCUCAUUCGGGUAUCUGGUCAGAGUGGAAUGGAAAGUACCGUGACGUAGUACGACAGUUCAUAAAAGGUACAGAUGGGUUUUCAGGGGCCUUUGCUGAAUGUCUUUGUGGAAGCCCAAAUUUAUACCAGGAAGGAGGAAGAAAACCCUGGAACAGUAUAAACUUUGUGUGUGCCCAUGAUGGUUUCUCUUUGGCUGAUCUAGUGACAUAUAAUGAUAAGCAUAAUAUGGCAAAUGGAGAACACAACAAUGACGGGGAGAAUCAUAAUAAUAGUUGGAACUGUGGCCAGGAAGGAGAGUUUGCAAGCAUCUCGGUGAAGAACUUGAGGAAAAGACAAAUUCGUAAUUUUUUUCUCUGCCUAAUGAUUUCCCAAGUAAGAUUCACUCUACAGUCUACACUUAAGGCUCAGCACUUCAAAGG